CAGAGGUAGAACCGGUGACGUUAUAACAGCGCGCGGUGCCCAGGCGUCCUCGCAAGGUCGCUUUGCAGAGCGAGAACGCGCCUAAGGGGCGAGACCCUAGUUUAGGGGCGCGCCGUUUCCUUCUGUCUGGGUACCACCGGCAACAUGACGGGGUACACGGCAGAUGAGAAGCUGCGGCUGCAGCAGCUACGAGAAUUGAGAAGGAGAUGGCUGAAGGACCAGGAGCUGACCCCGCGGGAGCCAGUGGGGCCCCCACAGAGGGUGUGGCCUAUGGAGAGAUUCUGGAAUAAGUUUCUGCAGGACCAGGCCCCCUGGAAGAACGUGAUCUAUAAGACAUACCGACACAGUUUCCUUGCUUUUACUCAUAUACUUAUACCUGCCUGGAUUAUUCAUUAUUAUCUCAAAUAUCAUGUGAAUACAAAACCAUAUGCCAUUGUUGAAAGGAAGCCCAGAAUAUUUCCAGGUGAUACAAUUCUGGAGACUGGAGAAGUAAUUCCACCCAUGAAAGAAUUUCCUAAUCAACAUCAUUGAAGAUUACUUUAAAAUUUCAAAGGCAUAUGAGCCCAAGUUGCUACAUUACCAUAUUUACUGAAUGUAUUUUCUGGAAAAGUAACUUUAAUAAAGUUUACUCUCAGA